AUGCGCAAGCAAAAGAUUACUGAAACCGUGAGCUUAAAAGCCCACUGCACUUAUUCGUCUACAGGUUGUAAAGCAAUUAAGGUGGCAGCUCUUUGCGGUAUACUUGCCCGUGGUGCGCAAAGCACUGGUUUGCAAGCAGAUGCACAGCAACAACAGCAAGGAAGAGUUGUUACAAGGAUUAUGACGAUGAGAAACAUCGAAAAGGCAGGAGCAUGGCCGUUUAUGGCGGAAUGGAGAGUUUUAUGUGGAGCUUAUCGAAUCAUGAAAAUUGUGUCACCUAUUUGA